AUGACGACAAUUCAUAAGGUUUUAUUGCAGACACCGUUGACCUUUACUAUAGCAAAGAGAUUCCGAGGGAAAAUUAACAUACAAAGGCCCAGAAAACCCCAUUUUGAAAAACAACUUCUCAUUGACAUAACCAAACCAAUUUAUAUACCUCGAAACAAUUCACUGCCUGAAUAUACUCUUUGCGAUUUUGAGAAAUCCGGAUUUGUAAAAAAGGAUAUAGAUAAUCCUUUCGAAAGAAUAUUGGCAAGAGAAUGUCUCGAGUGGUUUAACACAUCUAAAAUGAUAGUUUUUCUUCACAUGAACUCCAUAAGUAUGGAGGAUAAGACACCUAUAUUUGCAGCUUUAAAGAAAAACGACAUGCAUUUAAGAACAUAUGGUAAGAAAAUUGUGAGCAUGGCUACUAAGGGUACAAGGUAUGAGAAUGUUAAUCAGUUAUUCACAUCACAUCAAAACAUUAUUUUUGGCCAACCUAAUAAAGUGGAUAAGAUGUUUAAAAUUUUGAAGAAGACUCCGCAAAUGGUUGUAAUGGCUGGUAUCAUAGAAGACAGGAUGAUGUCAAAGAAUGAAUUAUUCGAAUUCAGUAAACUACCCAACUUAGAUGUAGCCAGAAGUCAGCUUUGUGCUGUAUUACAGAGUGCUGGUUCGUGCAUUGUGAAUCAACUAAACCAAAAUCAACAAAUGCUUGUUUCACAUCUUGAGAAGCACAUAGAAUUACAGAAGGACCAAGACAAAGAUAAAAACAUUGAUAGUUGA